GCUGCUGGUUGGUCUCUUGCAAGGGAAUUGCAAUUCUUUUUGCAAGCAUGGCGCGUCGCGGGCCGUUGCACGGUUGCAUUUUAGCAACCCUGCUGGUGGCGGCGCUCUGUUUAAGCCCCGGAGCUAAGGGGGCGCCUUCUGCCACCGAAGCUCGGUGCGAAGUGUGUCAAGAUUUUUUGGAAAGAUUCUACAGUUCUUUGAAAGCAAAACAUUCUGAUUUCUCCAUGGCUUCUAUAGAGGAGGAAUUAAUUAAGGCCUGCAUAAACGCAAAAGGCAAAGAACUCCGCUUGUGCUAUUACCUUGGGGCCACCGAAGACGCAGCUACCAAGAUCCUCACUGAAGUCAGUCGUCCAAUGAGAGCGGUCACACCUGUGACCAAAAUCUGCGAGAAACUGAAGAAAGCCGAUAUUCAGAUUUGUGAACUCAAACAUGAAAGACAACUUGAUUUAACUUCGGUAGAUCUAUCCAAGAUGAGAGUGGCUGAGCUGAAGAAGAUCCUGGAUAGCUGGGGAGAAGUUUGCAGAGCUUGUGCUGAGAAAACAGAUUUUGUGAACCUGAUUAAGGAGGUUGCUCCCAAGCAUUCUGCUCCUCCUGCUAAAACUGACCUUUGAUGGAUGCUACUUCCCCUGAAUGCUUUCCACACAGCCUUGAGCCUGACUUCACGGUUGGCCUUCAUUCACUGAAGAAAUUUAGGAAAUUGCUCCCAGAACUCCAUGGAUCUCAGGGACUUCUGCAGCAAAGCAGAAGGAGAAAGAAUCCAGUCAAUGGACUGGGCGAAAAAAAGAUUUCUCAGUCAUAAAAGCACAGAAAAAUAGUAGAAUCUUUUUGCAAUUGGAUUAACGGACCCAGGCUUGAAGGACAGUAGAAGACUGCUGGGGACGGGGAUUAUUCUCAAAAUAAGAAAUGCUUUCUCGAAAUUUCAAUCCCUGCCUCCACUUUGACCGGGUGAUCUCUUUGGAUCUCAGUCAAGGUGUUCCUCGAUUGGUCGAGUCCCCUAUUUAUUUUCUCCACCCAUCCCUGCCAGGAAAUAUUGAUCUUGGUAUGUCUGUGUGUGUGUGUGUGUGUGUGUGAGAGAGAGAGAGAGAGAGAGAGAGAGAGAGAGAGAUUCAAAUCAGCUAGAAGUCAAGAGGGCACAUUACAACACAAAUCCUCCUGGCUUUUGGGCAGGUGUUGAGCUCACAUGCGUGUUUGAAGAGGGCGGAGCUUGCAUGGUGUCCCUCCAUCUACCACACUGGUGGGAUUCACCGGUUAUCACAACUGGUUCGCUGUGUGUCCAUUUCUGCACAUGCUCAAUACGAUCAAAAAUUACUUUCUACUGAAUCCAGAGUGAGUAAAACAGUGGAGUCACGGCAAUCCGCUCUGCUGCACCUAUCAGCUGGGCUUAAAACAAAAUAAAUAUAGGCAGGUUAUAGCGCAGGGGUGGGCAGGCAGGCCCAGCUAAUCAUCGGAACUACCGGUACGCCCGAACCGGUCAGAACCGGCUGAAUCCCACCUGUGAUCUACCACCUGGUCAAGGUUGUCCCUUCCCCUCCAGGUGCCCCUGCCAGGAAAAUAAGGGCCACCUGCUUUGCCUUCCAUGGGAAUGUCGUUUGUGUACCGGAAAAAAUGCAGCCAUCACCACCAUGUAAGAGUCCCUUGGACUGGAAGGGGAAACUUGACAGAAUCUUUAUCAAUUUCUCCCUUCUUCAAAGAGAGAGAGAAGAAGGGAGAGAGAAAGAUGAUAGAGAUGACAGAUAGACAAACAGAUGGACAGAUGGAUGAUAGCAGAUCAGCAGAUAGAUGAUAGAGAAAGAGAGAUAUGAGAGAGAGGAUAGGUAUUAGAUAGAUAGAUAGAUAGAUAGAUAGAUAGAUAGAUAGAUAGAUACCAAUAGAUAGAUGAAAGGCAGAAAGAAGGAAGGAAAAAAGAAAGGAAAGAAAGAAAGAUAGGCAGAUAGAUGGACAGACAGACAGAUGAUAGAGAAAUAGAGAUGAUAGAUACUGUAGAUGUGUGUGUGAGAGAGAGGGAGGAGGGGGAGGGAGGGAGAUGGCCAACAUUUCACCUUUCAACUGUUGACUCUGUCAAAAGAGGAAAAAAGCCGGGAUCAGCCUUCUGGGCCGGCAGCCAAGCUGCUCCCUGUGAAACAGCCAUUGAAGGCAAAAGGCAGGGAGGGGAUUGGGAAUUUCUUCAGAUCUUUGUCACUGAACAUCAUCCAAGUUUCCCAACUCUAUGAAAUCAGGUUCAAAGGGGGAAUUUCUUUAUUUUCACCCGAUGCUGUGGAUUUACCAGCCAAUGGAAGAAAAAGCAGACUUGACAUUUGCAAAUACAUUGCAAGAAGAAACUUGGGUCAAAGUGGGUUGGUUGAUGUAUUUGAAUUUACUAAUGCUGCUUUAAAGGCUUGAAUAAAUUUUCUGGGUGCUUUUUGUAUUCUUCAGUUGUUCAAAUGGAAAUGGAAAUAUUAAAAUGUCAGUGUUCUCGAGAAAAAUUA